AUGCUGGGCCCGCAGAUUGACCGGAAGCUGCUGGAGCAGGUAGAAGCAGAAGGCUUAAGGUCCGAGACCAUGGAAAAGAGAAGUAGACGAGUCCUAUCCCUCCAGAAGAGGCCCCUGGAAGGCCUGGGGUCAGGAAUGAAGCUGGCUGAUAGGACAAACCUAAAGAAGAGGAUUGCCUUCCAGCCUUGGACUCCUUCCACCACCAUCUUCUCCCCAUUGCAAACGGUCAAGCAGAACGUCCCCCUGCAAGAGAGGGAGUCAAGUGGGGAGCAACCCUUGGGGACAAGGGAGACCGAUCCUGCUUCCUUCCUAUCACCUGGAACCAUAUUAAGUCUAAAGGAUCCCCCUAACCUGGAGGGGUUAAAAAAACUGAAGGAAAAACAAGAGUUUCUACCUUCAGGGAGGCAGGUGCUUGAGCAGGAAGAGAAAGUCUCAGGGGGAGAAGAGAGGAAGAAGGGGAGGAGAACCACUCCCACUGCCCUUGGCUUGUCUCUGCAGCUGGGUGGGAGUCCCUGGAAGAAGUGUGAUGGGGCGUUGCAGUGGGACCUCUUGAGGCUGAACCCAGACAAGAGAAAAAUACUUGAGGAUGUCGCUUCCCCAGACCCCUACAACCUAGUAGGAGCCCAGUGCAGCAAGCUGAGUGGCUGCCUUGAACCAGAGGCCACUUUCUACCAGAGUAACAGUUCUGAAAUCCUGCUACCAACAUCACCAGAAGGACAGACUGGUCUCUCUUUGCACGUCCCAAGCAGCAGUGCCGCGUUUCCCAAGGCCCAAGGAUUAAGCCUAGAACCCAGAGCCAAACAUCUCAGCUCCUUGAGUGGGAACCCUUCUGAGAAACUGCCUAACAAGAUCAUCCUACCCAGGCGGACACCUUCCUUUAAGCUCCAGAGGAAGACUGGACCUUUGGAGAGAACAACACAAGACUUCAUGCGGCCUCCAGCUCCUGGCCGUGCCAUUGGACCUGGGACUGUGGAUGAGACAGCGAGGGCUCCCAACCUCAGCACGGAGGAAAAGGAGAAGCUCUAGAAAGACAUUCCGGAGAAACUGUGGUUCAGAAGGAGUGGACACCAGGAAGGAGAGUAUCUUGAUGUGGAAUGCUACCCCAUUGACCUUUACAUGAAAUCUGUUCUUUUGAAUGAGGCAUAUCCUUGCAUUGUAAUAUCCCAGUCAUGAAUCACAUGCCCCUUUAAUGAUCUCUCGUGUUAGGUUCUCAAGUUCAUGACACAUACUUCAUGCAUGUGCAUGACAUCCGCCCCACUUCCUCAUUAUUGUUUCCUGUGAAUUCUGCUCUCCAGAGCAAAGUCCUGCACCCCAGCCCUGAAGUUUUUCUCAAAACUUUAAGACAACAAACAAACAAACAAAAAAAAACCAACCAAACAAAAAAAAACAACUUUAAGAAAUCCCAGCACAUAUCUCCUUUUAUCCUCACAAGGUUCUGCGGCUCAGGUUGCAAAUGGCUUAACAAGACAGAGCAGAGCAGGGGUGAGGACAGUGACAAGGCUAUUUCCUCCUGAAAUUAAGCUGUUUCUGUUGUUUAUUCUGUCCAUGGUGGUACUGUCUCUAGGUCUCAUAGUUAAGGCAGUGUGGUACAGUUGAAAGAGCCUUGGAGUCUAAGGACCUGGAUUCAAAUCCUGUCUCUGAUGCUUACUACUUGUGUGACCUUGGGUAAGUCACAACUUCCCUAGG